GCAUCAGAUAAUCUGAAACUGACGUGGAUUCCUGCUUCACAACGAGUCAAGUGUUUGAAAGUAAAGAGACUGGUUUUUCUGUGAAGCGACAGUUUUACUAUAAAACCUUUGAAUGGAAGCGAAACCCUGAAGAGGGAAGCUAGAGAGAGGCUCUACAGUUGAGCGGUGAGACACCCGGAGAGGGCAGUAAAGGGAUUUCUCAGAAACGGCUGUUCACUUUUAAAACGAAAGUGAAACGGAUAUUUUUUUUUACAAUCUCUCGAGUUAUGUUAGGGUAGUUUAUGGGCCUGAACGUUUAUUUAGCUCCUUACCGAACAGCAGCGGACAGAUGAUCAAACCAACAAGGAGAGAGUGGACGUGAAAAACAAUGUGGAUAAUACUAUAACGUCAGAUUUACCGCGCCUUCUCUCUACUAGUUUGGACGUCUAUUGAUGAUCAAGAACAGGAUUAAUACCGCAGUGAUUUGGUUUUAAAAAACUCGAUUUUGAUUCGGAAAAUAUAAAAAGUGCAACAUUGCAAACCGACAUUGCACUCGUUUUGCAAAACGGAUGCCAGGGAACUGUGUAGCGAUGGGAGAGGGUUGGGACCGCUCUCCCCUGUAGGAUGGUCGCUCACAGCACUGUGGAAGAACAAGACACAACGCCUUCACCUUCAUCAUCAUCGUCGUCGUCACCUUCUAGACCCAGGGACACCUCCACCCUCCUCUCGACUCCACACUCGGAGGACCACCACGCUACCUCGCCACCACCAUCGUCAUCCUCAUCAGUGUCCCAGUCACACCGUCAGCACCCAUCCAACCAGUGUGUGGCGUUCCCUAUCCCAGUCCUGUUAGACCAUCAGCCCCCUCUGCCCCUCCUGGACCCGGUGCCCACCCACUUUCCCCUGUUUCCCUGCAAGGUAGACUUCCUGUUAAUCACCCGGACGGCCUCCAUGUUGGAACGCUCCGGCUUCUACUGGGGCCCGCUAGGCGUGGAGGAGGCUCACAGUCGACUGAAGGACGUUGCCACGGGAACAUUCUUGAUCCGGGACAGUCGUCAGAAAGACGUCUUCUUCACGUUGUCCUAUCGCGCCGCCAGCGGCCCGGUCAGCGUACGCAUCAUCUAUAAGGGACAGCGGUUCAGCCUGGCAGGAAGUGAGCACUCUUUCCCCUGCCUCUUCCUCCUACUGGAACACUACAUGAAUUGCUCGAAGAAAAGCCUGACUGUCCCGUACAGGAAGCGGCGGCCGACGCUCCAGGAGCUGUGCAGGAAACAGGUCGUGGAGUCGUGCUGCGGUGAGGUGGAGCGGGUCGCGAUGGUCCCCGUCAACCCAGUCCUGAAACACUUCCUGUUAGAGUUCCCGUACAGGAUAUGAUGUCACAAGGGGGAUGCCGUUGAGGCGGGACUUGGCUAACGGAGAGUUGAGACUCCAUGGAGUUUCGGGACUGAAAAAAAAUGAUUCGGAUCGGGUCGGUACUUAAGAAUUUUGGGUCGGGUUUGCUUUGAAACUAGAGACCCCCGGGGUCGUGGUUAGAAACGAGGUCAGAGUUCAAAAACCCGCACCCUAUUCUCUAAACGGUGCACUACUUGGACAGGGUCAUAGGUCACACUUGGUCUGGGUUGGGUUUAUCCGGGUCGGUGGGUCCCUGGAGGACCGUAUGUGGACGACAACAACAGGUUAUGGGGCGGCGCUGCAUUAAAGAACCACCGGGGUGGGUGUGUUCUGAUCCGGGUCUCGCUGACCGUGUGAGGUGGACAGUAUGGUCUCGCUGACCGUGUGAGGUGGACAGUAUGGUCUCGCUGACCGUGUGAGGUGGACAGUAUGGUCUCGCUGACCGUGUGAGGUGGACAGUAUGGUCUCGCCGACCGUGUGAGGUGGACAGUACGGUCUCGCCGACCGCGUGAGGUGGACAGUACGGACUCGCCGACCGUGUGAGGUGGACAGUACGGUCUCGCCGACCGUGUGAGGUGGACAGUACGGUCUCGCCGACCGUGUGAGGUGGACAGUAUGGUCUCGCUGACCGUGUGAGGUGGACAGUAUGGUCUCGCUGACCGUGUGAGGUGGACAGUAUGGUCUCGCCGACCGUGUGAGGUGGACAGUAUGGUCUCGCUGACCGUGUGAGGUGGACAGUAUGGUCUCGCUGACCGUGUGAGGUGGACAGUAUGGUCUCGCUGACCGUGUGAGGUGGACAGUAUGGUUAGUGGACUGGUUCUGCCGUUGUAGGCAGGACUGGGUUCGCUGUAGCACAACAAAUGACGCACAACAGCAAUACUUUACUGACAAUGUUUACAAUGUUGUUUACAAUCUUUACAACGACCAGGAAUAUUUACGCUACACAAUAUUACAGUACUGUAUGUAUAACUGUGUACUAUGUAGUACUAACGUGUAUAACUGUGUACUCUCUGGUACUAAUGGGUAUACCUGUGUACUCUCUGGUACUAAUGGGUAUAACUGUGUACUAUGUAGUACUGACAGGUAUAACUGUACUAUGUAGUACUAACAGGUAUAACUGUGUACUAUGUAGUACUAACGGGUAUAACUGUACUAUGUAGUACUAACAGGUAUAACUGUGUACUAUGUAGUACUAACGGGUAUAACUGUGUACUAUGUAGUACUAACGGGUAUAACUGUGUACUAUGUAGUACUAACAGGUAUAACUGUGUACUAUGUAGUACUAACAGGUAUAACUGUGUACUAUGUAGUACUAACGGGUAUAACUGUGUACUAUGUAGUACUAGCAUCAUAUCUGCUGUGCAGACUCUCUCUUCUAAGAGUGUUUUAAUAAUAAAUAUAACGUUUAUAUUUCA